GGAAGAGGUGAAGGAGAAGGAGGAGGAAAAGACAGAAGAAACGCAGAACGAAGAGGGAAAAGGGAAGAAAAAAGAGAAAGGGAAGAACAAAGGAAAGAAGGAGGAGAAGGAGGUGAAAGGGCCAAGUGAGGAGCAGGUGAAAGCACCGAUCGCAGCUCCAGAGCCUGAGCUUAAAACUGAGCCAGACACUGAACCGGCCCCUGAUCAGCACUCGAUAAGCAGCGCAGAGGCACAGCAGGAACACAAGGAAGAAGCUGCGAUAAAGAAGGAGCCCGAAGUUGUGGAAGAAGUGAAGGAGGAGGAGGACACGGAGAAAAAAGAAGAAGAGCCAGCCGAACAGGAGAAAGAAGCCAAAGGAGAGGAGAAGGAGAAGGCAAAGGAGAAGGCGAAGGAGAAGGAGAAGGCAAAGGAGAAGAUUAAGGAGAAGGUUAAGGUGGAGGCGAAGAAAGAGAAGCCUGUAAAAGAAAAGAAGACGGAGACAAAGGAAGAAGAGGCUCAAGGCUCCAAACGUCAGAAGACCAUGCAAUGCAAAGUCACCUUACUGGACGGCACUCUGUUUGAGUGUGAGCUUGAUAAACAUGCUAAAGUCCAAGAACUUCUAACAAAGGUGUGCGACCAUGUCAACCUGCUGGAGAGAGAUUACUUUGGCCUCACCAUCUUGGAAACCCCAACCAGCACUAUUUGGUUGGAAUCUACCAAAGAGAUCCGGAAACAGGUUUCAGGUGCUGUGUAUGAGUUUACAUUCGGCGUGAAGUUCUACCCUCCUGAUCCAGCCCAGCUUACUGAAGACCUCACCAGGUACUUCCUGUGUCUCCAGCUGAGGAAGGACAUUCUGCGUGGUGUUCUUCCCUGUUCCUUUGUCACACUCUCCAUGCUGGGCUCCUACACAGCCCAGUCAGAGCUCGGAGAGUAUGACCCAGAGCUCCAUGGACCAGAGUAUGUAAGUGAACUGGGCCUGGCCCCCGGACAGAGCAAAGAGCUGGAGGAAAAGGUGAUGGAGCUGCACCGCACAUACAGGUCAAUGAGCCCAGCCCAGGCAGACAUAUUGUUUCUGGAAAACGCCAAGAAACUCGCCAUGUAUGGAGUUGACCUGCACCAUGCUAAGGAUCUUGAUGGUGUGGACAUUACGCUGGGGGUUUGCUCGAGUGGUCUGAUGGUUUACAAGGACAAGCUGAGGAUCAACCGUUUCCCUUGGCCCAAAGUGCUCAAGAUCUCUUACAAGCGCAGCAGCUUCUUCAUCAAAAUCCGGCCGUCAGAGCAAGAGCAGUAUGAAAGCACAAUUGGCUUUAAACUGCCCAACUACAAAGCCUCGAAGAAGCUGUGGAAAGUUUGCGUUGAACACCAUACCUUCUUCAGAGUUCCAACAGUGGAGCCCCCCUCAUCACGUCGCUUCCUCGUCUUGGGCUCUAAGUUCCGGUACAGUGGGCGUACUCAGGCCCAGACCCGCCAGGCCAGCUCCUUGAUCGACCGCCCAGCCCCUCGCUUCACACGCUCAGCGAGCAAGAGACUGUCCCGUAACCUAGAUGGAGCUGGAGAUGAAACUCUCCAGCUCCUGCAACAACUCUCAGCGUCAACCAGGUGCGAGGUGGACGAUUGGUCGACGAUGCUGACGUCUGACAAACCCCAGCCUUCUCCUGAAUUCCCAGCCAGAGGGGAGUCUGAGCAGACUUUCAUUCAGUCCUGGGAGGAGGGGCAGUCUGUUCACACAGUAACAUGGCAGGACACUGUGACCGGGCAGACUUGCUCUCAAACCCUAACCCAGACAGCUAGUCAGCCGUGCCAGGAGCUGGCAUCAGACGAGCAACAGCAGAGGAGAAAGGAGGACGAGUGGUCCGCCCUGCUCCAUCGUCAUCCUCCUUUCCCCUUUGUCCCACCGUUUGAGUUUGUGAAACAGCCAGCUAAGCUCAGCUUGGUAAAAAUGAGCUCUUUGGACCGACUAUUGAGACCAGCACUGACGCAGCGAGAUGAAUGGUACCUUUACUUCGUGUCCUCGCUUGAGCAUGUUGAAAAACCAUUCUCACCCCAAGCUCAGUUCCAGCUCCUGGAGGAGCAGGGCAUGCAUGUGGCAGAGCAGGAACUGACCAGUGAGGAGAUUCUUGAGAGGCUGCAGGAAACUGUGAUCUUUGUAGACAAGCUGAGAGUGGCAGAUGUUUUGGAAAGGAAGCUGAGGGAAGUUAGGGGUUUAGAGGAAAGGCUCCAAGAAAUGGAUGAGAUGGCAGAGCGACUUCAGGAAGUAAUAGAAGAAGAACUGGGUAAGGAAGAGAUGGAGAAGUUAAGAGAGGAAGAGGGAGAUUUGGAGCAGGAAGUACAAAUACAAGCUGAACGUAUAACAGAAAGAGUGGUGAGGAAAUCUGUGAGGAGAAUCGAGAGAGAAGAAGAGGAAGUGGAUGAAUUGGAAGAGCAGAUAAAGCAGGUGUUUUUAAAGGGCUUGUUGCCUGAAGAGGAAGAGGCCGAGGUGAAGCAGGGGAGUGAACAAGAGGUGACAGGCGAGAGUCUGUCCGAUGAGGAGCUACGUCAGAUAGAAAAGGAAUGGCAGGAAGAGGUGGAGGAGAAGUUGAAGUCCGGAUCCACAGAUGUCACUACUUCUGUAGUAGCAUACCAGAAGGUGGCGCGUAAGACUAAGAAGAGAGUGACUAUUGUAGAAGAGAGAGGGCGGACGCAGGAAGAAAUGGAAGAUGUGCUGGUACAGCGAGGUGUAAUGUCAGAGGAGAGGCUAGAAAAAGAGGGGACAUGGCGUAAGACAGAAAUACUGCAGGAGAUAACUGAGGGAGACGUUGCAGAGAGGCUUCAGGCAGAGGGUCAAUCUCAGGGGGCAGAGAAGGAUGUCUGGUUCAUACUUUUUGACCAUGCUCCAUACAACGCUGUUUACAAACCACCAGCAUCUACUGUGGAUCGUGCUCGGCUGGAUGAAGGCGAGUAUUUCACCUCAGAGACUGUGAUUACGACAGUUGAGGAGAAAACCGAGAUUAUUUUAGAAGAGAGACAAACAGCAGAAGACGAAGUAAGACGUAUAGCAGAGAUCCCACCACCACAGACUCUCACUGACACAGAUGAUGACUGGUUUGUGUUGCUGGAUGUUGGUCCCAGACAAACAUCAUAUGUAGCCCCAGUUACGUUGAAGGUGAGCGACCAGAUGGGUGCAGAAAGUUUUGUCUCUGUGGUUGGAGCUGCAGUCAAGGAGGAGAUUAGAGAAGUAGUAUCUGAAGAGAGAACGAUCAUAGAAGAGGCGCCAAGACCUCUACAAGAAAUUCCACAACAGCCAGUGACUGCCAGAGAUGAUGACUGGUUUGUGUUGCUGGAUGUUGGUCCCAGAGAAACAUCAUAUGUAGCACCAGUUGCUGUUGCAGACCGUGUUGAAGUGUCCCCGGAAGAACGUGUCUCUCUGGUUGAAAUAACAACUAUUGAGCGGAGAGAGAAAAGAGUGAUGGUUGUGGUAGAAGACUCAGAAAUUAACCAAGUGCUGAGUGAAAAGCAAGUAGCACUACCGCAGAUAGAAGAUGACUGGUUUGUGCUGCUGGAUGUUUCCACUAGAGAACCAUCGUAUGUGCCACCAGUUACCAUGGCUGAGUACAUUCAGGUUCAUCCUGAAGAAAGCGUUUCUACUGUGGCUGAAACGAUAACAGUAGAGUCCAGGAAGGAGGUCGUAGUUGAAGAGAUUGUGGUGCAGAAAGAGGACAGAGGACGGCAGAAAGUAUCCGAGCCAGUCAGAGAAACCGCAUAUGUACCUCCAGUUUCUCUGGCGGUACCGAGCCAAAUGUAUCCAAGUGUUCAACCUCGACAAAUUGAAGUGAUAAGCGUAGAGCAGCAGGUCGAUGUUGAACAAGUUAGACCGCAGCCUUCCCGGCCACUGACUGAGAGAGAUGAUGACUGGUUUUUGCUGUUUGAUGCUACUCGUGAAGAGCCAGUCAUAUUACCAUCAGUUACUCCUGUUGAGAUUAUUCCGGAUAUGAGGAAGAUGUUUGAGGUCGAGGCGACCACCACAGAGACUAGAUCACGGAAGAAGAUUAUAAUUGGUGUGGACAGCAGACAAGAUGAAACGCGCCUGUCUGAAAUUAGACCGAGCCAAAUUGCCCCGACGUCAGAGAGAGGAGGAGGAUAUGAUUGGUUUGCCCUGUUCAACAUCAUCCUCGAAAAGCCUGUUGUCAUACCACCAGUUGCUGUGGUUGAGCGUAUUGUGGACGUGGUGACAGCCACUGAACCGAAACUAAAAGUCACCCUGGAAGACGUGAGGCCCCCCGUGAAGUCGGUGGAGAUUAAACCGUCACAUCAGAGACAGAUGGAUGAUGACUGGUUUGCGCUGCUAGAUGUUGCAGCGAAAGCAGCAGCGGCUGGAGACGAAUGUAUCCGCACACAUCCUGAAGUAAGACCAGCUAAAGAGUUUGCAGUCAUAGAGCACAGAGCACAGCAGAGAAUAACUUUAGUGGAGGAGAUGUGGCAGCAGGAGACACCGAGUCCAGCAGUGAGAGAGCUCGAAGAUGAUUGGUUUAUACUUCUGGAUGUGGCCACUAAGAAAUCGGUCGCUGUCCCUGAACGCAUCCAGCUCCCAGCAGAGGUGAAAGUUCCAACUGCUGUGGACAAAACGAGGAUUGCAAUUUCCGAGAGGAGACCACAGUUUGAGAAACGAAUCCUGGAGGAAAGACUUCCACUGACACAAACGCGUGUCAGCGAUGAUUGGUUUGUUCUCCUAGAUGUUGCCGUCAAAGAGUCAGUGGUGAUCACACAGAGGGGCACCCGUCCCGUCAGCGCUCCGGUCUUCUCCCAGGCCGCUCUGGCCGAGGCAGGGAUCCCCAUGGCCAUUUUCGAACAGCCCCAGACCUCCACUCCACUCAAGACCAGCCGCCAGGAGGAAAGAAAGCUGGAGGUCACUAUAGAAGCUGUGGAGAAUGUGGCUGAGGUCAAGCCAGCAGCGUGGAGGGACUACAGAGAAGUAGACUCUACACUGAUAACAACCAUCAAUGGGGACAUUCAGCACGAGUCUGAGGUGACGAGCACGGAGGUGGUGCGAAUGCGAAAGAAAAGAGCUAAGAGAAUUGAGGGUGACUCAAUUUAUAUCAGACAUAGCCUUUUAAUGUUGGAGGAGUUCGAUAAGCCUCAGGAGGACCUGCUCAGGCAUCAUGCCAGCAUCAGUGAGCUGAAGAGGACCUUCAUGGCAGCCGCCCCAGAGUCCAGGCCCAGCGAGUGGGACAAGCGUCUGUCCACGCACUCUCCGUUCCGCACUCUGGGUAUCAAUGGUCAGCCUCUGCCCAGUGCAGAUGGGAGAGUGUGCAUUAGUCUCCUUUGCAAUGGUUCAGAGACAAACACUGAGGAUACCAGCAGCAAUUUGGGCUUUUCAGUCAUACCAAGUCCCACAGUGAGCCGCACGAGUGAGCCCGGUAGUGUCGAAGCCUGCGGCGCUCCGGUUGAGGAGGAGUCGUCAUGUGAUCAGGAAGAGGUUGUAGUUUAUGAGACCUCCUUGGUGCCCGUCGUAGAGGUGGAGAAGGCGCAGCUGCCUCCCUCCCUCGACCCGUGCUGUAAAGCUUUAGAUGGGAUCCAGGAGGAAGAAGAAUCGUGUCCAGAAGUGUCGGAGUGCUCUGGAAAGAUAGUUGGAUCUUCCCCAGCUCCCUAUUUCAGGAGCGACGGUCCACAGGUCGUACGCUGCUUCCAGCCCCCUCUGGUGCAGACCCAGACAGUCACCAUCACAGCUGUCUCCAACUCCUCACCCAGUGGCAUCUGCACCACGGCGGUCCCUAUCGUCCCGACCAAGACCUUCAUCUAUGCGUCUUCAAAGGUGGCAGUUGAUGGGACAGAUGAGGACAACGAUAACACAACUGUGUCCAGCUCCAAGACCGUUACCUCAGAGAUCGCCAGCGGCACCACAGUCACCACCACUCACAUCUCAAAGGUAGUGAAAAGCGGAUCUUCAGAGACUCGUGUGGAGAAGAGAAUCGUCAUAACUGCAGAAUCGGACAUCGACCAAGAUAAGGAGAGAGACGGCGGAGCAUCAGCAUUGUAACUGAACCACCACCUGCAUUUAUUCCUUUGACUCCUCACCUCCGACACACACCGACCAGCUCUAUCUACGCACACAUAUCCAAAAAGAAGGAUAUCAUAAAUCUGCACCUAACAUUAUAGAUGACUGAGUAGAUAAAUCUAAAGUAGAUCCUCUUUGUUUUUUUCAGUUGUAGGUAGAGGAAGGCUGCACAGUGCUCGAGUUUGAUCAAAUGCUUCUCUCAUCCAGGUGUUAAAAAAGCUUAGUGUACACACUUUAAUUGGUAAAAGAAAAAUUCAGUUAAGUGAUCUCAGUUAUGUUUGCUUUUUAAAUGCUUUUAUUUUCCUAGUGGUUUUUACAUUGUUGAUUUUAUACAAAUGCACUGUUUCCAUUCUAGUUUAGACACCAUUAUCAGCAUUUAUUCCCUUGGUGACGCUAGGGGAACGUUAAGACUACAUUCAAGGGAAUUGUUUUUUGUUGUUGUUUACAUGUCUAUUCAAUUCAGGAGGGACAUUUGUACCUCGCAGAAAUAUGUGAACAAAGAUAUUCUGUGCUCAAAUUUGGACAGUUGUUUGGCUUAGUUCACUGCUCAGGUAAAAAAAUAAAUAAAAAUAAGCUGAAAAGAUAUUUUCUUCCCUAACCAGCCAAGAACCAGCCGCCUACACAUUGUUGUAAAGUUUGAAUUAAAAAUGGAUCUAUUUUGAAAUAUUCCUCUAUUUUAUAGAAUUAAUGCUUUUAUAGAAUUUGUACAAAUUUGAGGUUUUUAAGUUAUUCAUCCAUCUGCUCAUGAAAUUGUAGGUUAUCAUUGUGUUGUUUACUGAAGUUUGAGGACUUUACUUAAGCCCUGCUUACCCGUCUUGCCUGACGCCCUGAAUCAUUCUUAUUCGUUUCCUCUUAGCCACCAAGUUUAUCAAACCUUUCACAUAUGACAAGUGAGUGCUUCCCUCAGCCCUAUGUUUUGUUCAGUAGCAUAGAAGUCACAAUUGAUUUGAAUAUAUUUGGUUGAUGAGAAACGUUUUACAAGCUUUGGUCUGUUUAUCUCAGGUUUUGAUAUUCUUUGUAAGACUACUGACCUCCAUAUGAUUGUACGAGGAAUGUCCAUAUAUGUAUAUCCAUCCCUACUUUAAAUGUACAUUUAUGUUCAGCCAAGCUUGUCUGUCACAUUAACCACACGUGGAAGAGGUGACUGCAGCUGUCCCAGUAUAUGUGGCUUUUCUCUCAUAGGAGCACAAGUUGUCUUUUUUACAUGUUCUACUAUACAGUAAUUUAUUUGUAAAGUAGGAACUGUCUCGUGUGAUUUGAUGUACCGUUAUGUUUCAACACAAGCUGGUUUCCAGGCUUCCACUAGAGAUGUCACAAUGUUAAAUAUUGCAUUAAUUAUCAACCAAGUUUGUAAAGCCUUUUUACCACAUAGUCUAAGUAGUAUUGCUCUCACUUGCUGUUUCCUGUGAUUUUCCAUAGAAGAGAAAAUGCUUAAAAUAUACAAAUCCCUUUUAGAUAGCAUGUUUGUUAGCAAACCUUUUUUUUUUUUUUCUCCCAAAAAAGAAGCCAUUGGUAUUGUAGCUACAUCGACAACAAAAGAAACCUCUCCUGGAAGAAAAUGUAGAAUUUCCCAUGAAGAAAAUAGUUUUUAGACGAUGGAAAAAUAUUGUUGCUUUGUGACUUACCCCUGUCUUUUUAUGGAAAAAAAUAAAAUAUGCAUAAAUUUGCA